AUGGGUCAAAAAUCAGGAGCCAAGGGCAAAGUGACCAUUAAGGUGGAGAAGCAGGACGCCGCUGCUGCCAAGCCGAAGCAGCAGAAGGUGUCGAAGCAGCAGAAGGCCGCUGAAGAGGAGUCGGAAGACGAGGAUCUCGACGACCUGGAAGGCGGAGAUGGAGAGGAGGAUGAGGGGGUUGAUUCGGAGGAGGAGGAGGAGUCCGAGGACGAUUCGGAGGAUGACUCGAUGAUGGAGGACGAGUUUGACAUUGACGAGGACGAGUCUGAGGACGAGGAGAUGGACGCUAGUGCACUACACAAGGCCAAGAAGGCAAAAAAGGAUGAGGCGUUCGGCAAGGCCUUCUCUGCCAUUUUGGGCUCGUCCAUCAAGGCGCACGCCAAGGAGAACCCCAUUCUGAUUCGAUCCACAAAGUCGGCCAAGGAGCUGGAAGACCAGAAGCUGGAGGCCAAGGCCCGACGGCUCAUCAAGCUGGAGAAGCGAAAGGCCGCAGAGAAGGACCGAGUCAAGACGCUGGUGCCUCUCGACGAGCCCGAAAAGGCUAAGGAGAUUCUCGCUAACGAAAAGAAAUUGAAAAAGGUGGCCCAGAGAGGAGCCAUUCGAAUGUUCAACGCCAUUCUGGCUGCCCAGACUGGAGCCAAGUCGAUGGACGAAACCAGCAUUCUGGGAGCCAAAAAGCGAGAAGAAAUGGCCUCGCAGAUGUCCAAGGAAAGCUUUUUGGACGCCGUCCGGGAGGGCUGA